AUAUAUAACGCUGUCAGAGAUCAGGCUUGGGCCUUGAGCUUCGAAAUUAAUCAGCAAAGAAAAGGGCAGAGGCCCGCCAUCAUUCACACCCAUGGGCCAUGGCGUCGCCUCGGCAACUCCAUCUCUUUCUUUCUGCACACUCUCUUUCCGUUCCUCCUCGCUGCCUCUGUUCGUCACGAUGGCCACCGCCCGGCGUCACCUGACGCCCACCGCCCCAACCAACCAUCCAACGCAUAAACCGCUGCCGCGGGAGCCGCCGGUAGCAUUCCAAUUCCAUCCCUCGCCCACUCCACGCCGCAGCACGCGCUCCUCCGCCCCCACCGAUCGAGCAACCACGCCCGAGCCGGAGGCCGAUGCACGGCCGCCUGUCCGCCUCUCAGCGGGGCUGCUAGCAGUGCUGCGACCCAUCGGCAUGUCCCACCGCCUGCGCGACCGAUGCUUGGAGCUGGAGCGCGUCAUCACCGGCCGCUUCCACUCGGGAAGCCUCGGCCUCGACGACGCCGUCAAGCUGUUCGACGAAUUGCUCCAGGUCGCCAGGCCCGCCUCGGUUCACGCCAUCAACCUGAUCCUCACCGCCGUCUCUCGCGCCCAGGGAAGGGGCUCCUCAACCUCUGCGCUCGUAGUAUCCCUCUUCAACCGGAUGGUCCGUGCCUCCGCAAAUAAGGUAGCUGUAGCUCCCAACCUGUGCACCUACGGCAUCAUCAUCUGCAGCUUCUGUAGCGUGGGCCACCUUGAGCUCAGUUUUGCUGCCUUAGGUCUCGUCCUUAAGACGGGUCUUAGGGUGAAUGCCAGAGUCAUCAAUCCGCUUCUCAAAGGUCUCUGUGAUGCAAAGAGGGUGGGUGAGGCCACGGAGAUAUUGAGCCGACGAAUGCCCGAGUUUGGCUGUAUGCCAAAUGUAUUUUCAUACAACAUAUUUCUAAAGGGUUUAUGCGACGAAAAGAGAGUUGACGAGGCACUUGAGUUGCUCCGCAUGAUGGCCGAUGAUGGAGGUGGUAGUUGCCCACCAAAUGUUGUGUCGUACAGCACCAUCAUCAAUGGCUUAUUUAGAGAUGGCCAUGUGGACAGAGCUUACAACCUAUUUCAUGAAAUGGAUAGCCGGGGGAUUUUUCCGACUGUUGUGACCUACAACACAGUCAUUGAUGGCCUGUGCAAAGCUCAAGCGCUUGAUAGGGCCGACGGCAUCCUUCAACAGAUGAUUCAUAAAGGUGUCAAGCCAAACAUUCAAACAUAUAAUUGUCUGAUCCAUGGAUAUUGCUCUUCAGGACAGGGGAAAAAGGUGGUUCGAAUGCUCAAAGAAAUGUCCGCACAUGGUCAUGGGCCUAAUAUUGUCACUUGUAAUUUGCUGCUGGACUAUCAUUGCAAGAACGGAAGAUGCACAGAGGCUAGAAAGAUUUUUGAUUAUAUGAUUGAAAAGGGCAUAAAACCUGAUGCAACAAUAUAUAACACUCUGCUCAAUGGGUAUGCUACCAAAGGAGCUCUUUCUGAUAUCCAUGGUCUCUUGGAUUUGAUGGCAGGAAAUGGUAUUUCACCUGAUCAUCACACCUUCAAUAUAAUUCUCUGUGCGUAUGCUAAAGGUGGUAUGAUAAACGAGGCAAUGCAUAUCUUUGACCGAAUCAGGCAGCAUGGGUUGAGUCCUGAUAAAGUCAACUAUGGAGCAUUGAUAGAUGCACUUUGCAAGUUGGGAAGAGUGGAUGAGGCGAUGCUUAAAUUCAAUCAGAUGAUCAAUGAAGGGGUCACUCCUGAUAUCGUUGUUUUUAGCUCACUAGUUUGUGGACUAUGCACUGUUGGCAAAUGGGAGAAGGCUGAGGAAUUAUUUUCUGAAAUGCUGAAUAAGGGUGUGCAUCCUAAUUCCAUGUUCUUCACCCCUAUAAUGUGUAACUUUUGCAGAGAAGGACGGGUCACGGAAGCCCAGAGUCUACUUGACUUGAUGGUACGUGUAGGUGUGAUGCCUGAUGUUAUCUCAUAUAAUACAUUAAUUGAUGGCUACUGCUUAGCUGGUAGGAUGAAGGAGGCUAUGAAGUUACUUGAUGAUAUGGUCCGAGUUGGCUUGAAACCAAAUGCCAUUUCUUAUAGUACUUUGCUUCAUGGCUACUGUAGAGCUGGCAGGAUAGAUGAUGCAAUUAGACUAUUCAGAGAAAUGUUAAGCAAUAAAGUUAGGCCUGAAAUUGUCAGUUAUACCAUCGUACUUCAGGGUUUAUUUCAGUCUAGGAAGUUUUCUGAAGCAAAAGAAUUCUAUCUCAAUAUGAUCAAAAGUGGAAUGCAGUUGGACAUUUACACGUACAACAUAAUUCUGAAUGGUCUUUGCAAAAAAAAAUGUGUUGAUGAGGCAUGUGAAAUAUUCCAGAGUCUAUGUUCUAAGGAUUUUCAACUUCACAUCUUUACCUUCAACAUUAUGAUUGAUGCUUUGCUUAAAAGUGGCAGAAAGGAAGAUGCAAUGGAUACGUUCACUGCUAUCUCUACCCAUGGUUUAGUCCCAGAUGUUGUGACCUAUCGCUUAAUGAUAGAAAAUCUCAUAAAUGAAGGGUUGCUAGAAGAGUCUGACAAUCUAUUUUUAGCAAUGGAAAAGAGUGGAUGCACUCCAAACUCACAUAUGCUAAAUGCUCUAGUUAGGAGGCUGUUGUAUAUAGGUGAUAUAAUGAGGGCUGGGUCUUAUCUCUCCAAAAUGGAUGAGAUGAACUUCUUACUUGAGGCAUCCACUACUUCCUUGCUAAUAUCAGUUUUCUCGAGGGAGGAACAUCAGCACCAUGCAAAGUCCCUGCCUGAAAAGUAUCAUUUUCUUAAGGAGAUCAAGAAAUGAGGAUUUUCUUCAGAGGAAUUGGAUCCUCAACUGUGUCCCUGCCUGCACCAGUGUCAUUUGUCGAUAUUGUACCACAAAGUCUGUAUAAAACAUGGAUUUUUUAGUCCGAAAACUAUUUUCUAGGUGCGGGCUGCUAUCAAAGUUAAAGCUUCUGUCAUCAUUUGCUUCAACUCUUCUGGACAUGCUGCAAGGUUAAUCUCCAUGUACAGGCCCUCCAUGCCUGUUCUAUCUGUGGUCAUUACCCAUCUAAAGACAAACCAACUGAGGUGGAGUUUCACUGGUGCACUUGAAGCUGAAUCUACCAGUUCUACAAAUGAAUCAGUUCUGAAGGUUUCUCUUGACCAUGGCAUAGCUUCUGGAGUUCUGGUGUAAUCAAGUCCCAUGAUCGUGUUGUCGUUUGCCAGGUGGGAAAUUCAUCAGUUGUGAAGAUUAUCAAGCUGGAUGAUUAGACAAGCAGCCGUGCCUAUGCUUGUCUACUAAGGCAAGUUUUGCUGAUUUUUUAGUAGGCCUAAACUUGCUGGCUUUUGUUCCAAUAGCUUUGCAAAAUGAGCAGUUUUUCCUAUGGUGUCAUUAUAGGAUUUGCUUUGCAAUUUAAAACUCCUAUACGGUGCAGUUUGGAAGUUGUCAGAUUAUACCACCUAAGUGGCAGAUGGAAUAAUGAAAUCAUACUGUACCCUUUAGUUGGGAGACAGGUUAUCGAUAUGCUGACCUGUUUCUUAUACUUC